GAUCAUUUGCAUCACAUUUACAUCCAGCCCUGGGCCUUGGAGGUUGAGGAUGGUCCCUUGGGUCCCAAGACAAGCUGCCCCUCAGAGGCUCUCAGCGCCCAGGGGACAGGGGGUGGAGCCCUUUGCACAGCCGUGCAGUGCAGCUGGGGCAGGAAGCGAGAGUGGGGAGGAGGGAGGCCACAGCCCGCGGAGGCAAGGCGGGUGCAGGGCUUCUGGGGACAGAGGGAGGUGCCAGAACUUGAGCCCUGAGGCCCUGCUGGCCCCUGGGCGCAGGCCCAGCUCCGGCCCCCAGGGAUGGACCUCGUGGAUCCGGACAUUUUCAAUAGAGACCCCCGGGACCACUACGACCUGCUGCAGAGACUGGGUGGCGGCACAUAUGGGGAAGUCUUUAAGGCUCGAGACAAGGCGACAGGGGACCUGGUGGCACUGAAGAUGGUGAAGAUGGAGCCUGAUGAUGAUGUCUCCACCCUUCAGAAGGAAAUCCUCAUAUUGAAAACUUGCCGGCACGCCAACAUCGUGGCCUACCAUGGGAGUUAUCUCUGGUUGCAGAAACUCUGGAUCUGCAUGGAAUUCUGUGGGGCUGGUUCUCUCCAGGACAUCUACCAAGUGACAGGCUCCCUGUCAGAGCUCCAGAUUAGCUAUGUCUGCCGGGAAGUGCUCCAGGGACUGGCCUAUCUGCACUCACAGAAGAAGAUACACCGAGACAUCAAGGGAGCUAACAUCCUCAUCAAUGAUGCUGGGGAGGUCAGAUUGGCUGACUUUGGCAUCUCGGCCCAGAUCGGGGCAACGCUGGCCAGACGCCUCUCUUUCAUUGGGACACCCUACUGGAUGGCUCCAGAAGUGGCAGCCGUGGCCCUGAAGGGAGGAUACAAUGAGCUGUGUGACAUUUGGUCCCUGGGUAUCACGGCCAUCGAACUGGCCGAGCUACAGCCACCGCUCUUCGAUGUGCACCCUCUCAGCCCUCUGGAUACGGACACCUCUUCCCUCCCCCAGCAUCAACUGGUAUCCCAGCCUGGGCUGAAUCGAGGCCUGAUCCUAGAUCUUCUUGACAAACUGAAGAAUCCUGGGAAAGGACCCUCCAUUGGGGACAUUGAGGAUGAGGAGCCCGAGCUACCCCCUGCUAUCCCUCGACGGAUCAGAUCCACCCACCGCUCCAGCUCUCUGGGGAUCCCAGAUGCAGACUGCUGUCGGCGGCACAUGGAGUUCAGGAAGCUCCGAGGAAUGGAGACCAGACCCCCAGCCAACACCGCUCGCCUACAACCCCCCCGAGACCUCAGGAGCAGCAGCCCCAGGGAGCAACAGUCAGAGUCUUCCGACGAUGACUAUGACGACGUGGACAUCCCCACCCCUGCAGAGGACACACCUCCUCCACUUCCCCCCAAGCCCAAGUUCCGUUCUCCAUCAGACGAGGGUCCUGGGGGUAUGGGGGAUGAUGGGCAGCUGAGCCCAGGGGUGCUGGUCCGGUGUGCCAGUGGGCCCCCACCACACAACCCCCGUCCUGGGCCUCCCCCGUCCACCAGCAGCCCCCAUCUCUCCGCCCAUUCAGAACCCUCACUCUGGAACCCACCCUCCCGGGAGCUCGACAAGCCCCCACUCCUGCCCCCCAAGAAGGAAAAGAUGAAGAGAAAGGUGAGGUUCAGCUCUGCUGAGGACUUGCACCUCUGGACGGGGCUGGGGAUGCCUGGGUCCUUGUCUGUGCCUCCAGACCAGCACCUGCUCCUGGGGGCAGAGGAAGGCAUCUUCAUCCUGAACCGGAAUGACCAGGAGGCCACGCUGGAGAUGCUCUUUCCUAGCCGGACUACGUGGGUGUACUCCAUCAACAACGUUCUCAUGUCUCUCUCAGGAAAGACCCCCCACCUGUAUUCUCAUAGCAUCCUGGGCCUGCUGGAACGGAAAGAGACCAGAGCAGGAAACCCCAUCGCUCACAUUAGCCCCCACCGCCUACUGGCAAGGAAGAACAUGGUUUCCACCAAGAUCCAGGACACCAAAGGCUGCCGGGCGUGCUGUGUGGCGGAGGGUGCGAGCUCUGGGGGCCCGUUCCUGUGCGGGGCAUUGGAGACGUCCGUUGUCCUGCUUCAGUGGUACCAGCCCAUGAACAAAUUCCUGCUUGUCCGGCAGGUGCUGUUCCCACUGCCGACGCCUCUGUCCGUGUUCGCGCUGCUGACCGGGCCAGGCUCUGAGCUGCCCGCUGUGUGCAUCGGCGUGAGCCCCGGGCGGCCGGGGAAGUCGGUGCUCUUCCACACGGUGCGCUUUGGCGCGCUGUCCUGCUGGCUGGGCGAGAUGAGCACCGAGCAUAAGGGACCAGUGCAGGUGACCCAGGUAGAGGAGGAUAUGGUGAUGGUGUUGAUGGACGGCUCUUUGAAGCUGGUGACCCCGGAGGGGUCCCCAGUUCGGGGACUUCGCACACCUGAGAUCCCCAUGACUGAAGCGGUGGAGGCCGUGGCUAUGGUUGGAGGUCAGCUUCAGGCCUUCUGGAAGCAUGGAGUGCAGGUGUGGGCUCUAGGCUCGGAUCAGGUAAGCCCCUCCAUCCAAACUCCACAUCGCUUGCUGGGAUUACAGAAGCCUGUAGUGGUGGAGACACGCCCAGUGGAUGAUCCUACUGCUCCCAGCAACCUCUACAUCCAGGAAUGAGUCCCUAGGGGGGUGUUAGGAACUAGUCCUUGCACCCCCCUCCCCCACAGACGCACUAGUGGUCAUGGCAUGUCCUCUUCUCCCAAUAAACGUGACUUCAGC